UGUAAGUAAAUGAAAAUCCCCCAAGCCCACAUGACCCUUAACCAGCUCCACUUAUUCCCGGAUCGGGGUCCCCCUCUCCCUCGUUCACUCUCCGCGUUCUGCCCCUCCUUUAUAAUGUCCCCCCAUCUCCAUUCCUGUCCUUCACUCCACCACCCCCAGAACAGAAUAAUCAUUCAUCUCCUCUCUCUCUCUCUCUCCGCCGCCGAUAUGUCCCCCGCCAAGAUAGUAGCGAAUUUCCGGCGCUCUCUUUCCUUCCCAAACCAUCCCAGCAGCAGCCACUCAUCAUCAUCCAAGCCACGCAAGACCUUCCACGUCCGCUCCACCAGUCUCCCCUGCAGAUCCCACCCAUUAGUCUCCUUCCUCAAGGACCACCUCCGUGAGCUCGUCUCCUGGGGAUCCCACCCCUCCCCCCGCACCCUGGCUUGGCUCAGCCUUGGCCUGACACGUCUCCGCACCGUCCUCGACUACCUCGACGACCUACUCCAGCUCCCCCAGACCCAGGACUCCCUUCUCCGCCACCACUCCCGCUGGAUCGAGAACCUUCUCGACGACCUCCUCCGCUUCGUCGACGUCUACGGAAUCUUCCAGACCCUGAUUCUGGCUCUCAAGCAGGAGCACUCCGCCGCUCAGGUGGCAAUACGAAGGCGAGACGAUUCCAAGAUUGCUCUCUACGUCAAGGCAGUAAAGAAACUCGCCAAUGAAAUGGGCCAGCUUGCUUCCGCCGUCCGGACCACCGGAGCCUUUCCUGCACUGACUCCGGAUGGAGAUGCCGAGCUGGCGGAGGUUAUCAGGGACGCUUAUGAGGCAACGGUGCUGGUUUCGGCGGCGCUCUUUAACGGCGUUUCUCUGCCCUUUGCGGCGCAGAAGUCGUGGUGGGUGGGGCUGAGGAUGGCGAAAAGGUCGAAGAGAUCAGCGAGGGCGGAGGAGGGCAUUCAACAGUUCCAAGCGGUGGGCAGAGAAAGCUUGUGGGGCUUGAGAAAGAAGGGAGAUGAAGAAGUGAGAAUGGUGCUAAAGAGAAUGCAGGAGCUGGAGGAUUGUAUCGCCGAAAUCGAAGUUUGCAGCGAGAGAGUGUUCAGGAGCUUGGUUAACACAAGGGUUUCGCUCCUCAAUGUCCUCACCAAAUAGACAACAAUGUUUUCAUCUUUUCCCCCUUCCUUUUUUUUUUUUUUCUAAUUUUUGUUUAUCUUCAGUGUCUCCUACAAAUUCCGACCAAAUUAUCACAAAAUUAAAACACCCUAUAAUGUAUGUAUACUGUACAGUUGCGGCUUCAAAUUCAUGAAAUUUCCUGAACAUUUGGUGUAUAUA